AGCCAUUUUGGCUUAAGCCACUUCUCGUUCAAGCGAGGUCCAAAUCCAGGCGUAUUUCAGCGAAGCGGACGUAGCGUUUAGCCCAGGGCAGCGAUCAUUUUGGCCCGAUCAUGUUGGAUGAUCGCGCCUGGCUCAUGAUACUGAUCCCCGUCAAUUUCCUGACGCUCGCUGUCAUUAUCUGGCGGUUUCGCGGCUCUGGGCUGUACGGCGUUUUACUGCGAUGGAGUUCAGUUUAUGUUCACUUCAAUGCCACGGCGAAGGGGCUGCUCUUCAUGUCACCACCGCGCCCGUUGCAUCGUCAGUGGAAGGAUAUAGCGGACAAACUACUCUCAGAGCAAGUGGCCUGGGGGGGCCCUAGGAUACUUUGCUGUGCCUUAUGCUGUAACAUGUGUCAACUGGUUCAGGAUGAUUUGUCCUCAGCGGCGCGCCUCGGAAACCUGGCUCUGACUGCAUUCCUUAUGGCAGGUACUCUCAAGCCACUUUGUUUACCCCUACUGUCGUGUUCUUGUUCCACAUGCUCCUGUAUGUUGUCGUCUUGUACCUUGCGAUCACUGCCGAAAACAGUACCGCUUUCUUGAAAGUUGGCUCAGUGAGAAUCUGCCAACGCAUCGCAGUGAGCAUUGUUCAUUGCAGACCUAGGCUGACUCUUCUCUUGGGUGUUGUGUACGGCGCAGCCGUUUCGCCGGUGUGUAAAUCCGCCGACACGUGUCAGGAGUUGGUUGUUUCGCUUCUCACGUUCGCCAUAACAGUAUCAUAACAGCAUCUGUCAGAAAGUCCCGCGACGCUGAAUGUUUGGCAAUGUUGGAGGCGAAGAUGUCGCGAAAUGUUGAGUCCAUAGCUGACGGGCUCUUGUCAAAUGUGUGCGACGCGGUGGUGCAUAUGUCGCAAGAUCUUCUGUUCUCAAAGCCAGCCGCACACCUUGCCACACUGCUUCUCAAAUCCCCCCCAACUAUGGGUGCUGGUGUUUCAUUUGUUGAUCUAGCCUUCGACACUUGCGAGAAGGACCGUCUGACUGCAUUCUUGGAGCGGCCAACGUCUGAUACCAGCACUUUUCACGUUUCUUUGCGAGACUCAUGGGGCAUGCCGGGAAAGUUUCAGCUAUUCCAUGUCCAGGGCAUUGACAUAGACGAUGAGCCGAUUCAAAUAGUGAGUGUGAAGGAAGAUUCGGAAAAGCUUCGGGCCCCGCCUGGGAGCGAGCUUCGCGACAAUCGGGGUGUCUCGCCUUCCGACGCUUUCGCAGGAAUCUCGGAAGUUCCGAUCAGGCUCUCAGGGAGCGUCUCUUCUCGUGUAGCGAUCGGCACCCAUUGUGCGGGAAUGACUGUCCACUUCAACCCAGACGUCGACGGUUUGCCUAUAUUGCAGUGUUUCGCCGAGUUCUUGAGUCUGAGUGGACCUAUAUGCGAAGGCGAAAGGCUGCUGCAGUGGGUCGUCAAUCAGGAUGCAUUCAUGGAAUGGGCAAUGGUGGCCUACAACAGUAUAAUGGAUGAUCAUGAGUUUGGUGCCAGUGCGCACAGUAGAAAUAUUGGUAUGGAUACAUUCAAUAUCCGUCUAAAGCUGCCUUACAUGGGCUUGACAGUCCGCGAAGUAUCUGCGAACGCAGCCUUGAGAUUGGAUGUCGCAGAGGAUGGGGGCAGCGACGUGACCUUUUCUGCACGAACCCUGCUGAUGCUUGAGGAUGUUGUCUGCGUCCACAGGGGACAUUCCUCGAAGAGGUAUCGCCAGAAGGGUCGGAAGCUGCCAGCGCUCUUGGAGCAGUGACAUGUCGUAGUGACUCAACAGAGUGAGGUGGGCUUGCCAGCCGUUCCCACCCCUCCUCCUGCGCCUGGGAGUUGACCGCAUGCUCUGUGCACGUACCGAGCAGUCCAGCCUGGUGACAGUUGGCUGCGCUGCAAGGUCGGCCGAGCCUGAUUUUUUCUUAGCAAUGUUUAAAGGGCCAGGGGAUGAUGGGCUGUCUCUGCUGAGCUGUGCUGUAUGACGACGAAGCGAGUCCUUCUGGAACCAGCUUCUGGUGCCGAGCUAGGCAUGCUGAUCGCCGGCGCUGCCUCCAAUGUACAUCUGGGGCAGCUCGCGGCCGCAGUGCCGCUGCCCGUCCGCGUGGUACUAGGCGGACUGCGCUGCCUCCAGUAUACACCUGGGGCAGUGAGUCAGCACUGCACCUUCUGCUCUCGGAUAGUCUGGAGGGUGAAGCAUUCGUUGCACAGGCGCGCCCCUGAGAUGCAAGCUUGUUCGUGUGGUGGGCGCACCACACUGCCUCCAAUGUGCGUCUGGGGCAGUCCGUCGCCGCCGCUGCACGUUCUGCUUUUUAACAACGGCCACGGCAAGAGUUGGUCGGGGGAAAGGGGAUGCGAAGCCGAACUUCAUUGUCAAUGGGAGAAAUACGGAUCGAUGUUCAGAUCCGACUCUUCGAUUCGAUGCAGAUUGAUUUUGCGCCCUCGUCCUCACACCUCCUCCUGCGUCUGGGAGUUGACCGCAUGCUCUGUGCACGCACCGAGCACUCCAGCAGCCCGGUGACAGUUGGCUGCGCUGCAAGGUCGGCCGAGCCUGAUUUUUUCUUAGCGAUGUUUGAAGGGCCAGGGGAUGAUGGGCUGUCUCUGCUGGGCUGUGCUGUAUGACGACGCAGCGAAUCUGUUUUGAACCAGCUUCUGAUGCCGAGCUAGGCAUGCUGAUCGCCGGCGCUGCCUCCAAUGUACAUUUGAGGCAGCUCGCGGCCACAGUGCCGCUGCCCGUCCGCGUGGUAAUACACGGGAAAGUGAGUCGAGCGUCGCAAAUCCCGCACGGUCAUAAGGCCGGUCUUGCACGGGAUACGGAAGGAAAGAAAG